GUUACAUUUAUAAGAAUGACAUUGACCCAGACCAGUGUUGGCAAGUGCUGCUUUAAAAAGUAGCUGAAUCCAAUGUUGAAAAUAACUUUAAAAAUAGCUGAAUUAGCUUGCUGAGCACAAUUUGGCGAUAAAGUUGGCCAAAAAAACGGCCAAAUCAGUUCUAAACUUCAGUUGGCAAGGCCUCUGAAAAAAAAAAAACAAAUUUAGCUAGAAAAUAGCUGAAUUGCCUGGACUCUUGGGUUCGAGGGGCAUUUGUAUGUAGACUCCAGACAUUGGGGGUGCCAGGAGGAGGCAGCUUCUAGGGGAAUUUACGGAUAUAUGUUGUUGUCGUCGUCGUCUUAGUUGCUCUUGCCCUGCCAAAUGACUUAUUAUUAUUCGCCUUAGUGGCCGUUUCGUAUUUAGUUAUUGUUUAAGUUAAGGACUGCGCCUUAAAUGGUGUCCAAAGUGUUUAAGCUGGCCCAAACGCGGCUCAGCAGCUGGCAGCGCGGGCUCGUUGCCUACUUCCAGCUGCAUCCCAUGGCCAAGGGCGUGGUAACAUAUUCAUUAAUGUGGCCCACGGGCAGCCUAAUACAGCAGACGCUCGAGGGACGGAAUUUGAAGACCUAUGACUGGGCGCGUGCCCUGCGCUUCAGCCUGUUCGGGGGGCUCUAUGUGGCGCCCACGCUCUACGGCUGGGUGCGCCUGACCAGCGCCAUGUGGCCGCAAACAAAUCUGCGCAUUGGUAUUGUCAAGGCGAUAACCGAGCAAAUCAGCUACGGCCCGUUCGCCUGUGUCAGCUUCUUUAUGGGCAUGAGCCUGCUGGAGCUGAAGACAUUUCCUCAGGCCGUCGACGAGGCCAAGCAGAAGGUGUUGCCCACAUACAAGGUUGGCCUCUGCGUCUGGCCCGUGCUGCAGACGAUUAACUUUUCCGUGGUGCCCGAGCACAAUCGCGUCGUAUUUGUAAGCAUCUGCAGCCUGAUGUGGACAAUAUUUCUGGCGUAUAUGAAGACGCGCGAACUGCAGCAGCAGCAGGUGGAAAAUGACAUACCUGACGCAUAGAGCUGUUAUCUGCUAUAAGGGAGAGGUUGUCGGUUAAAAUCCAUCCCAAUUUUAUAUUCAAUUGAUUUGCAGCAUUAUUCAUUUGACGCCGGGCAACGCCGACCAAUUUCUGCUAGUUGUAAAUAAUUGUGUAUGUGUUAAUUUAGCAACAAAUUGUAGGCAAAUAAAAGGCAUUUAAGUACACAA